UCCAUGACAUUCCAAACCUCAGGCGUUUGGUUUUUCUUGCUCCCUCUCCAUUAACCAGCCAAUGCCCAAGUCCCAUCAGGCCUAGGUCUCCCAGAGGAUUUGGGUUCCUCCUUUCCAUUUCCUCCGCUGUCUGCCUAGUGAGAGCCCAGCCCCUAAGCCCUCCCCCAAACUCCGCCUCCAGUCUGGCCAGCCUCUCUGCAGCACCGUUUUUUUUUGUUUUUUUUUUUUUUUGUGAGGCAAUUGGGGUUAAGUGACUUGCCCAGGGUCACACAGCUAGGAUUUGAACUCAGGUCCUCCUGAAUCCAGGACCAGUGCUCUAUCUACUGCGCCACCUAGCCGCCCCCCGCAGCACCAUUUUUAAUAACCCUCUCACUAAAUACAAAUUUUAGGAAAGUUCACCUUGGCAUUCAAGGUCCUCGCCCCACUAGCCUUGCUUCCCUUUCCAGCCUCUUCUCUCUUACAGGAACCCUCUGUUCCAGAUAAGCUGGGUUCAAAUCCUGUCUCUGAUGCUUAUACCUGUGUGAUCUGGCGCAAGUCCCUCACAAUCCCCGGGCCCACCUUUGUAAAAUAAAGGAGUUAGACUAGAUGGCUUUUAAGGCCCUGCCAUCUCCAGAUCUAUGCUCCUACCUCUCUGUAAGUCCUUUAAUACCUCUAGACCUCUUCCUCUUCUGCAGUAUGAGGAGGGCUAGACUAGAUGCUCUCUAAGGUCUCUGCAGCGCUAGAGCUGUGUGUGAUCCCUGGUCCUUUGAUGUCCCCCUGCUCAGCCUUGAUCGUCCCACAGAGGCCAGUGCAUGCAUUGGGAAAACUCUCCUGGCUCGUAAAAUUCUCCCCAUCUCUGAAUGCCUGGCUCAGACGUCACCUCCUCUGGGAAGCCUCUGAUUUCCCAACAAGAUGUAACUUCUCCCUCUCUUCCUCUCUAUUAGUACUUUCCAUAUUCUGUCUAAUUCUCUUGGUAUCAGCGUCUCUGUCUUACGUGCCCACUGAGAGAGUGCACUGGGAGAACAUCACUCCCCUCCCUCUGUCCUACCCCACCCACUAAAUCCUCAACGGGAGCUCAGGAAAUGUUUGUUCUACUGAACUGGGAGAGGUCAUAGUACGGUGAAUAGAUGUGUUUGAGAGGGAGCAUUGCUUAGUGCAUAGAGAGCUGGCUUCAGAGCCAGGAAAACCUGGGUUCAGCUCCUGCCUCUGACACACACUGGCUGCAAGGAUGACCCUGGACAAGUCACUUCACUUAGUGUCCCAGGCAAUUCUAAGACUAAGCACAGAGAAGGCAGUACAACUGGAGACCACCCGACCUCAAUGGCUCAGGUACCUGCUUGUGGUGUCCACAUCAGAGCUACUGAGCCAGGAUGAGACUGUCCUUCUAGGGGUAGACUUCCCCCAGAGCAGUUCCCCCAGCUGCACCUUGGGCCUGGUCCUACCCCUCUGGAGUGACACACAAGUUUACCUGGAUGGUGAUGGGGGCUUCACUGUGACAUCUGGGGGUCAAGCACGAAUCUUCAAGCCUAUCUCCAUACAGACCAUGUGGGCUACCCUCCAGGUGUUGCACCAGGCAUGUGAGAUGGCUCUGGGCAAUGGGCUGGUACCCGGAGGCAGUGCCCUGGCCUGGACUGGCUACUACCAGGACCGAAUCACCUCUGACCAGAGCUGCCUCAAUGAGUGGAUGGCCAUGGCUGACCUGGAGUCCCUCCGGUCUCAGCUGCCCAGUGCGGACUCUAGUGGGCACUCCGAGCAAGAACGGAUGGAGCAACUCAUCCGUGAUGAGCUGUGGCAUGUGUUGGACACCAGUGACCUGGAAAACGUCACUUCCAAAGAGAUUCGCCAGGCCCUCGAGGGCCGCCUGGGCUGCCCCCUGCACGAAUACCGAGACUUCAUCGAUAACCAGAUGUUGGUGCUCAUGGCCCAGCAGGAUCGGGCCUCGCACAUCUUCCCCCACCUGUACCUGGGCUCCGAGUGGAAUGCAGCCAACCUGGACGAACUGCGGAGAAACCAGGUCAGUCACAUCCUGAAUGUGGCCAGGGAGAUCGACAACUUCUACCCGGAGCUCUUUACCUAUCUCAAUGUCCGGCUCUGGGACGAGGAGACAGAGCAGCUUCUGCCUCACUGGAAGGAGACUCACCGCUUCAUCGAGGCAGCUCGGGCGCAAGGCUCCCGCGUGCUGGUACACUGCAAGAUGGGGGUGAGCCGCUCUGCCGCCACCGUCAUGGCCUAUGCCAUGAAACAGUACAACUGGAGCCUGGAACAGGCAUUGCACCACGUGCAGGAGCUGCGCCCCAUUGUCCGGCCCAACCCUGGCUUCCUGCGGCAGCUGCACACCUACCAAGGCAUCCUCACAGCCAGCCGCCAGAGCCAGGUUUGGGAGCAGAAGGCUGGAGGCAGGACCUCCCUGGAGGAGGCUUUGGCUCAGGAUGUGUCCUGGUUGCCUCCCUCACACCCCCUGGAGCCAGGGGACAACAGGGACUGGAAGGCUGCUGGAGGGGAAGAGCUACAGGGAAUACCGAGAGAGGGGCCCGGCCUCGGGGGGCCGGGACCCCGGCCUCGCAUGAACCUCCGGGGGAUCAUGAGGUCCAUCAGUCUGCUGGAGCCCCCAGACCUGGGGAGUCAGCCUGACACCAGUGAUCUGCCUGAGGUGUUUGUCUCCUCUCCAGAGAAUCCUCUCUCUCAGGCCAUGAGGUACCCAGGGGAACCUCGGCCUACCCUGUUCUCCCGAAAGUCUGUGGCUGCCUUGCACAGUGCAGCCCUGGUGGCCAGACGGAGCCGGGCCUUCCAGGAUCAGGGCCAGGGGGCGCCUGUGGAUGUCCCUAAGCCCAGGGCCCGGAGGAUGACGAGACAGGCCAGUGUGGAUAGUGGCGGAGAAGAAGGAAGGCCCUGAACCCUUCUAGACACUAGGACGAGGUCACCAACCAGAGGGACCUCACCCCCCACACACCUCACCUCCUUUGUCCCUGUUCCACAGCCCUCUGACUGCCACCGACAGCACACUGACAUCUCCCCCAGGGCCAGGACCUCAUGCUCCUCUCCACUGUUCAUCUAGGGGAAGGGGGGCCAGGACAGAGCAUACGGGACUAUUUUUGUCAGCUUUCAGUUCAUCCCAUGAAGGUCCGACCUUGGCCUAAGACUCCCUGCUGUGCCCCAAGCCUCUAGUCAUGUCUUUCCCUCCUUUCCAAGGGGAGUAGGCCACCCCCUCUCCUCUCUGUGGCUCCCCAGAGUUUAGCCAGGGUUAUCUGCCAGAAUCUCAGAGGGUCAGGGGCCUCAUCCCCUAGUCCCCAAAGGACACAGGACAAUUUGUGUCCUUACUGGCUGGAGCAUUUCAGGGCGGGUAUCCUGGGGGACCAAGGGCUGAGUCACAGGCCAGCUGCUGCUGUCAGCCUCAGGCCCGCCUUUCACAACUGACUCGAGUCUCUUUUUGUGGACUCUUCAUCUUUGGAGGGGCAGGUAGUUCAAGGUCAGAAGGAGAAGUCUACCAAGGCCGACUGGGUUUGGGAUUGCUGUCUCCUGCACCCUCCAGCCUAGCCUCCCCAGCCCCUCUGGGCUGCUGUGACUUGGGUCACCAGACCGUGGGCCAAGGCCAGAGCAGCUUUAACACACACACACACACACACACACACACACACACACACACACUCCUCCCCUCCUCCAUUCCUCAUUAGCUAGCCAGUAUUUUCUAUGGUCUUUUAAUUCUAUGGCUUUUUAUUUAGGAAUAAAAAAGUUUCAUAUUAAA